AUGGCGCCCUCUGCUCCCCACAUCUCUAGCCAGUUGAGGCAAUUGAUAUACUAUCAUCUCGAUAAUAACCUCAUCCGCAACGCCCUCUUCCUUGCCGGCCGUCUCCAUGCUUUUGAGCCCCGGUCUUCUGAGGCCUCUUUCCUCCUCGCCCUUUGCCACCUCCAGAGCGGCCAGCCGAAGGCUGCUUGGGAAUACAGCAGGAAUUCUGGGUCCAGAGGGACGCAUUCUGGGUGUUCGUACGUCUAUGCUCAAGCAUGCCUGGACUUGGGCAAGUACAUUGAAGGGAUUACUGCAUUGGAGCGGAGUAGGGGUCUGUGGGCUUCCAAGAAUACUUGGAAUAAACAUAGCGAAACAAGACGACAGCAUCUCCCUGAUGCUGCGGCAUGUCUUUGCCUACAAGGAAAGCUGUGGCACGCCCACCAGGAUCCGCAUAAGGCGGUCGAUUGCUACGUUGAGGCUUUGAAACUAAACCCUUUCCUUUGGGAUGCAUUUCUCGGUCUCUGCCAAACAGAAAUGUUGGCAAUGCUUCCGUCCUCGCCUGCGGGCGAAAGUCUUCCAGUUUUCGAGAAAGUUGCACAAACAAACGGCCCCUUGCAGGUUCAGCCAAAUAUUAACCAUAACUUGGAUCCGUUCGCUUCGUUUAAUGCCCGUACUGAUGCCGCGAAUGGCUCCUCCGCGCUUUGGGAAAAGCUAAAUGGCAGCAAUGUUGUUUCGAUCAAUGCCCCGGCUCCUGAAGGUCUGGAAACUCCCAUUGCACAAAGCGAUUCGGACGAAUUUCGAGGCGGUGGUGGUGGUGUCGCUUCUGGUGAACAGACUUGGGAUCCCCCUCUUGCACCUGCCAGGAAGAACAAAACCAUACAGACCCUGAGUCUGGAUUAUGGUGCCGAUCCCCCACCCAAAAUGAAAGCGACAAUCAAACCCCGAAGUAAGACUAAGGUGGACUCAGAGGAUCCGAACCCCGUUAUUGUCUCUAGGGAAACUGCCCCGCCUGCAUAUGGGGGCGAACGAAAAAGGACUAUAUCCGGUCAGGUUGCCCACCCAACAAGCUCACAACCCCCUGAGCCAGGAGCUCCACAGCGACGAAGUGUACGGCUGUUUAACCAAAUCCGCCCAACCAGCAGCAAAUUUUCAACAACUUCUGCGGCGUUCGGAGCGCGGGAGGGUCGAGAGAUCAAAAAGGUGAAGUCUACAGGUGCGAAAUCUCGAAGCGCUUCUGGGUCGACCUCGACGAUGGGCCGAGUGGUGAGCGGUAAUCGAAAGGCAGCUCCAGAUGGAAUGGACAUCGACAGUAAAGAGAGUCGAGGAGUUCCCGUUUCUGCGGUUCCGAAUGGUGUGGUCGGUGGACAAUCGAAGAACUCCGUGCUGGACAAAUCCAAGGACAUCGAAGCGCUUAACUGGGUCUUGGAUCUUUUUGCAAAACUUGCGGAAGGUCACGCAGCGCUUACAACAUAUAAGUGCCAAGAGGCAAUACAAAUAUUCAACACACUCCCGCAAAGCCAGCGGGAAACACCUUGGGUUCUGUCACAGAUUGGUCGAGCGAAUUACGAGCAAGGUUUAUAUGCAGAAGCUGAAAAAUAUUUCAUUCGUGUUAAAACUAUCGCACCGUCGAGGUUGGAGGAUAUGGAAGUUUAUUCUACAGUUCUAUGGCAUUUGAAAAAUGAAGUAGAAUUGGCAUACCUGGCACACGAACUGAUGGAGAUAGACCGACUCUCGCCGCAAGCCUGGUGUGCCAUAGGUAACUCCUUCUCUUUGCAAUCUGACCAUGACCAGGCGCUCAAGUGCUUCAAACGGGCAACGCAAUUGGAUCACACUUUUGCCUACGCCUUCACCUUGCAAGGCCAUGAGCACGUCUCGAAUGAAGAAUAUGAUAAGGCGUUGGAUGCAUAA